AAAGUCGCCCAGUCCUCGCCGGGAGGUUGAGCUACACCUGCGGGACGUCAGGCGGGGAGAAGACGGCGACGGCAAUGCGGUAAAAGGAAAGCCAGACAUCCUCGUCGGGGAAGACGCUGUCGGGUGUUUUUAAUAUCGCGAUUGUUUUAAACGCAGCGAGUUCGCGGCGGUCUCUUUGUUCACACUAGCGAUACGCGGCCGUCGGCUAGCUGCUUCCGGAACGCAGCCUUCACACAGAAAAUCAGCAUGAAGACAUGAAGAUAACAUCGUUCACUCCGGAUCAUCCUUUCAUUUUCAGUUUGAAUGGAUUUUUAGCUUUGGACAUAGACGUAUGACCAGACGCGGUUUUAAGGAUAUAAGAGAGCGCUGAUCAUUUCCAGAGAAGUUUGGACUGAUCUUCUUCAGCCAAUGGCUACGACAGAAACCAAAGUCGCAGGCAGCGUUUGCACCGCGGGCCUUUCAUGGGCGCGGGUGUGUAAGGAGUGUGGCCAGCAGCACGAGGGCUUGGACUGCCACCUGUAUGAGUACCAGGAUGAGGUGGACGAUGAACUGGUUUGCCACAUCUGCCUGCAGCCCCUCCUCAGACCUAUGGACACCCCUUGUGGCCACACAUAUUGCUUUCAUUGUCUGAGCAACUUUUUGAAAGAGCAGGACUUCUGCCCCGUGGACCGCCUGCGGCUGCAGUUGCAUCAAUGCCGUCCCUCCAGCCUGCUGGUCAGGAACCUGCUGGACAAGCUGACUGUGAUGUGUCCCCACUCUGCAGAGUGUCAGCUGCAGAUGCAGCGCUGUGAGCUGCAGCCUCACCUACACAACAGAUGUCCUGUUUUUAGAAGACUGAGGGAGGAAGCAGAGAAGAGGAAGAGGCCCUCGUGGAACGAGCUAAAGGGACGUAAGAGUGACGGCGAGUCUUCUGAUGAUGCUAAGCAUUCAGCAACACAGUCCCGAAAUCCCACCAGAGAUCAGCCGGAGCCCGGGCUGAUUAAUCCUGCCUAUGAAGAAAGUGAGGAAGACAACACCCUGCUGCGGUCCAGUCUGGUGGCCGAGGCCGUUGUGGUGGAGCUGUUCAGAGAGGAGCCGGAGGAGGAGCUGGGCCUUCGCAUCGUGGGGGGGAAAGACACACCGCUGGGGAACAUCGUCAUCCAGGAGAUAAUCCGGGACUCGCUAGCAGCUCGUGAUGGCAGACUGGCCCCAGGGGACCACAUCUUAGAGGUGAACGAUGUCACUCUGGCUUCAGUCCCCCACGCCCGAGCCAUCUCAGUGCUCCGCCUGCCCUCCCUCCUCCGGCUCACGGUUAUGCAGGAGAAAGGUUUUAAGCCGAGGGAUCCACGAUCCGAUCAUCACACUUCCCCUUGCACCACUUCCACUGCCUCGCAGCCCUCUCCCAGUCCCCAUGGCAACACUACCUCCAAUCACAACCCUGGCACGGUCCUGCAGGUGACGCUAAUGAAGAGCCAGCGCACCGAACCGCUCGGCAUCAAACUCAUACGCAAAUCGGAUGAGAGCGGGGUUUUCAUCCUGGACCUGCUGUCGGGUGGAUUAGCAGCGAAAGAUGGAAAGCUGAGGAACAAUGACAAGGUGUUGGCCAUCAAUGGACAUGACCUGAGGCACGGUACACCUGAGAGCGCUGCCCAGAUCAUACAGGCGAGUGAGGUGCGUGUGAACUUUGUGGUGAUGAGACCUGCAGACGCUCAGGAAGAAGGAGGAAGCGGCCGAGAGCACAGCAGAGCAACCAGGAGGGCGCCUGAGCCGCAGUACUUCAGGCGCCGGUCCACUUACAUGAAGGAUCCUCCAGGUGGGUUUUCCAGCCAGGAGAAGACUGUGAGUCUGAAGAAGGAGCCUCGGCUCUCCCUGGGCAUCACCAUCGCCGGGGGGAGGGACUGCCGCAGCCGUCUGCCCGUUUACAUCACGAGUGUGCAGCCUGUCGGCUGUCUUUACCGAGAUGGCACCAUCAAAAGAGGCGACGUUCUGCUGAGCAUCAACGGCGUCGAUCUGACCCAGUUGACCUACAACGAGGCCGUUUCUGCGCUGAAGACUCAGACGGCUCAGUCCCAGGUGGCGCUCCGUGUCAUCCAGACGCUCUCAGAGGACUCAGAGGAGGACGUCGAGGCUGCCAACAAGGACGAACUGGACACUUUGGAUGACCCACGAGACGACGCAUUCAACUGGACCCCCCUGUGGACUCGCUGGCUGGGACUACCGAGUCCCAUGCACUGGUGCCGGGACAUCGUCCUGCAGAAGACCAACAACGAGAGCUGGGGCUUCAGUAUCGUCGGCGGCUACGAGGAGAGCCACGGCCAGCAGCCGUUCUUCAUCAAAACCAUUGUGCCCGGUACACCUGCGCACUUUGACGGACGCCUCAAGUGCGGUGAUGAGAUUGUGGCAGUGAAUGGAGCCACCACAGUGGGAAUGAACAACUCCUCUCUCAUCCCCAUGCUGAAGCUGCAGAAGAACAAAGUCACACUGACUGUGGUGUCCUGGCCCGGGAGUCUUGUGUAGAACAACACACCUGCACAGUCACUCUCUUUUCUUUCUGUCGCCCUCGUUAAUAGUUCACAGCACGCAGAUUCUUGACUGAGCCGCUCACUGUCGCUUUCAUGUGUAACUCAUUGUUAGUUACAUUGAUGUUCAAUCUGUGUCAUACCGAAUAUAAAUAACCAUCCUGUGUACAAUAGAAACGACUUUCCCAAGCACGCUCCCAGCAGGCUGUUGGUUGCAGUGUCCUGUCUGAUGUGAUUAAUCAGGGUGCAACAAUGAUGACAAUCAGUGAAUAAUAUUGUGGACAAACUGGAAGGAUGGUUGUUGUUGUUGUUGUUUUUAAAUAACUUUUUCUGAAUACAUCAUGUUGCUUUCCUGUUAAAUAAAUAAUGCCGUCAUUGGAGUGAUUCACAUAAAUAACAUCCGAAGAUAAAAUGUAGUGCUUAUUUAGACAGUUGAGAUGAAGAAUUAUAUAUUUAAUCAACCACAUAUAACUAAAAUGGUUGCUGAUGUAUAGACUCAUGCCAAAGACAGAAGAAUCAUCCUGUCCUGUAGCUUUUGUACCACGUGAUUUUAUCAACCUAAUUUAUACUUUCAAAACGUGCAUCAGAAUGAUGAAGCAAUGAGGUAAAUUCAGUUCAAUUGAGUCAAGGUGACAUUAGAGGUCAAAUCAACAGCUGCAGCUACAAAAAGAGACUUUUGGUUUUAACAGCGAGGAAACCUGCACCGAGCUUUUAAUCAGAAUGGUAGUGGUCGAAAACAUCUUUGGCCCGGGUUUCUUUUCUGUUCGGCGUUGAUGUUGGCAAAUACCGCAACAGGAAAUAAACUUGUAUAUUGUUGUUUAAAACUGUGAGCUGGUCUAUAGAAGCAUUAUGUAAUACUGAAUGACUUUGAUAAGCGUGUGCCUUGUAGACAUUGAAGGACAAACCAGAAUGUAUACUUGCCUUAAAUUUCCAUUGUACCAAAAUGUGUUUCCCAUCAUUAUUUCCUCACAUUAUAUCGUGAAUUUCAAAGGAGAACCACUUUGUAUAGAUACAUUUAUGUUACCUCGUUCUUUUCAACACGUUCCCAGUGGCCUUUCUUGUGCUUCAAUUGAGACAAGACUUAUUGAAUGAUUCAGAAUUGGUUUUGGAGAUUGGCAGUGGAAUACAGUGUAUACAGUUGAUGUGUGUAUUAGCCCGUCCACUGUUUUAUCAUGUUCAAUAAAAUCAUAACAAAU